AUGGCGACGGUGAAGUCCCUGGGGUUGCAUCAGCCCUCAGGGCUUCAACAUGCCAUCAAUGAACAAUUAUUACCACCCAAUCCGCCGUCGACCUCGUACACUUGGGACAUCUCAACAGACGAUCGAUGCGAUGCAAACCUCGAGGACGAGCUACUCACCACCGAACAUUGUGUCAUAUGGUGUCGAGGUGGCAUAUUUCGCAAGACGUUCAGAUUCGAACUCGAAAAAGAACCUGUUAUACAGGCUCUGCUAGCAUAUUUCCCUGCUUCAAAGGACGACAAAUCUACGCAAGAUGACGAUGCUCGAUCAGACCAACGGCCGGCUUUGUCCAAAGCUUUAGUUGUGUUCCUCAAGACACAGGCGCACAUAUACUUUCUGUCUGGUACUAGCCAUAUUGUUCAUAUGCCAUUCGAGGUUGAAUCCGCUUUCGCAGGCCCUGUUGGAGUUAUAAUUCAACGCAAACAAAAAGCCGAAAGCGUUGCGCCUAUAUCUUUGAAGUUUCCUCGAGUCCCACCAAACUCAUUUGUCUCUUCGCAGUUGACAGCAUUCAAUAGCUCUCAGCAAACCGCCUUCUCUGUAGAGGGCCUUGGAAAGCCCAAAGCGCUCCCACUUCGCUCAACGCUGGAUAAUUGUUGGGAGGCACCGCUGGAGCAGCCCGAGUCUCGUUGGCCACGGCUUGUCUCAUUAACGGACCCAUUGCUUGAACUCGGACUGGUUGUCACGAACCAGGAAUCCCAGAAUGUUAAAAGUCUGAGACAGACUGCAAAGAAAAAGCUGUCAUUCCUUGAUGCAGCGGAAGAAGUUGUACAUGUGGAAGAGAUCAAGAUCCCUGGUGCACUGACUCAAGAUCUAAGCCAACCCCUAAUCAUCGCGGUUACGAUCAACCGUGAAACUAGUGAAUACACUGUCUGGCGCCUCACCUACCUGCAACAUGAAGACCCUUUUCUGAAUCGGCAAAAGGAUGCCAAGUCAAAGGCUGCUCGGCGUCGUAGCUCCAUGCCGUCUGCCUUUGCGAGUGCCCCUGGAACGCCUGUGCAGCCUAAUCUCCGGGAGAGUUUUGGGGCCCCCUUACCAGGAAAGCGGCAGAGGAAGAGUGAGAGGCUUGAGAAGCCUAUGAUAGAUCUCGUCUCGUCUUUGGAACAGCAAGACAAAGAAGGCACCGGUGCCGCACGCAGGAGCUCUCGCAGGGUCAGCUCCAUGUUGGCGAGAGCUGACUUAUCUGCUUCUCAUGACCGGGCCAUAAUGCCAGAACAGCCAUUGCAUCCCAGCCAUGUAGGGGCCAGGAGACAUGAAUCUCAGGGAAGUCGUCUAAGUGCCAACUAUGCCCAUCAGAUUCAUCCUAGUUUGAGCAGUCUGCUAGCGGCACCGUUCUACGAAGGCCUUGACGAGGGGUUUCACAACAUGGGCCUGGAGGACCACGAGUUUGAUGGGCUACAGCAUGAAAUAUUGUUCGCCAAACUUCAGAGCGUACCCAUGAAUAACUCCAACGUGCGGUAUUCGCAUCAGCCAGCCCGCACUCAGACCAAAGUUUUUAUCCUAGUAGCACCGCCCUUUGCUAUUGAUGGUCAUGACCAAAGUCAACUUUUGAUUGGCAUUCAGGACGCCACCGAGAGGCGACUUCAACUCCUUACUUUAGAGCUGGGGAUUCAGCGCGGAGGCAACAAAGGUACCAAAGGUACUAAAGGCGGAAAAAAGAACACACCUGACGGCGCCACUGUGUUGGCAACUGUCAUCGAUCGCAGGCAUGCACAGAAUGUCGUUGACUCUUGCAAAGUCGUGGAUGGAGAUCACUCUGCAAUCCUGAUUCUUUCAGAGUCGAUGGAUGGUCGGCACGAAUUGAGCACCCAAGCGCCUUGGAGUGUUCUUACAAAGAUAUCGCUUUCUCUUCUCUUCGUUGACAACACUAGAAGCUUGCAGUAUCGAGGCAGGGCCUUGGAUCGUGACGUCACACAGAGAAAGUCUGAGGUUAUUGAUUUCAGUAAUGGCAGUAUUGUUGGUGUGCGCCAUCCUCGACAAGGGGGCAUCGUUGACGUUGUUGAUGCUGAAGGUCGGCUGCAUGAACUUAGAAUACAACUUGAGCCGAGAUCCCCUCAUGUUCGCAAGGUUCUAGAUGUUUGUCGUAGCAUACUACCCCAUGCUCUCGGCGAACAAAUCUUUGCUGGCUGGCUCCAUUGUAUGCAGUGGUUGGGAGGUUACGAAGAGUCAACUGCAGAUGUAGAAUGGUCUGCUAUGACUAUUCUGCUCCUGUCUUUAUUCCUGAAUCUCACUCGCAAGGAUUCAAAACCAUUCCCCAAAGCCCGUCUCCCUGCUCGCAGAAGAAAACCUGCUCCGGGUUCCGUUAGUUCAAUAAUAGAAUCUGAAGACUGGAAGUCGUUGGAGGCUGGUGAAGCAUCCAACUCGUUGGGAUGUCCAACAUGGAUGAUGAACAGGGGCUGGGAAUGGGUAUUGGAUGAAGACGCAGACAAUACAACAUCCUCAGAGGAGAACCUGUCCGCAACAUUCAUUUCCAGACAUGUCUCUUUAGCCAAGGAGUACAUAGUCUCUGCACUUGGUGAAACGGCAUUCGGACAGGCUGGAUAUAUGCCGACAUCACUGGCUAAAAGCAUGGAAAGUCGGCGCAAGGUAGCUGUUGAUGUGUUUAUGGGCCUGCACCUGCUUCUUGAAGAAGAAAAGUUGGAUAUCAUGACACCAGAAUUCAGAUCACCAGGUCGUGCUGAUCUCCGUGUUAUUAUGUCUCAGAUCGCUCGGUGGUUUAAGUGGCAUAACUUUACCUCCACAUAUGAAGCGGGCAUACAAGAAGAUAUUGAUCAGCGUCAUGACUCUGAUCUUCAUCUUAGACCCGCGAUACCUCAGCCUCCUAUACAGCCGGACGUCAUUGCUUGGGUUCAGGCAAGACUUACCGGAGACCGAAGGAUUUCCUAUGUCACCCCAGCAGAUAUUUAUUAUGCUGGCUCGCAGUUAUCUGAAGCAGAAAAAUCGCAAGACCCACGAUGGGAGCCUAUACUUCCUAGAACGCUUAUGUUUAAAGAAUUCUUUAGACUUCUGAAACCAACCACUAGUGCGGUACAAAUGGUGGAAGCCAUGCGGGAUGCCGGGAUCACAAAUUCUGUGCUUGAUAGCCUUCCGGAAGCUGUCCUUGUGCCUCUGAGGGAUGCCAUCUCGUUGUGUCAACCACAUCCGCCAACCUCUUGGUCAAAGGACCUCCUCGAGUUGGUUGAUCGUAGGGAUAUCAGUCUCAUACUAACCCCUGGCAAGCGCCCCAAGCCAAGCGCUUCCAAGAUUCUGACGCCCACACAUAACGCUACCUGGGAUUACAAACUACUCUGCCAAAGCGUUGACGAAUCAAACAAUGUUGGCUAUGACGAGGGCGAAGGAACUGAACGUCAAGCUGUUAUUCGCUCCUUGUUCAAAGAAGAUCGUCGCCUGAACGAAGCUCAGGACCUACUUUCAACUAGCAAAGCAAGACUCGUUCGACUGGAUCCUCACCCAAGCUGGCCAGAGAGUGCAUAUCUUGAGAAGCAAAAGGAGCUGGUUACAAGAAUCGCUACAGGCACACUGGCCAUCCCUGCUGGGCGAGGUCUGUUGUACUACAGUCUGCGGUAUCCGUUGAUCACGCAGAAAUUCCAUAUCGGCGGGUUCAAUCUCAACUGCAUCGUGAAGCCAACAAACACCACGGUGGGCGUAGACAAAACCCAGUUCUCGGAAGAGAAGGUCUGUUGGGGCUUUUUCCAUCAAGGUGUUGCUGCUGGACUCGCCAUAUCUCCUCAAGCCCAAGGCAUCGAUACGUCUUGGAUUCUCUACAACAAGCCUGAUCAGGACCUCAACAACCGCCACGCUGGCUUUUUGCUUGCUCUCGGCCUGAACGGUCAUCUGAAGGAUGUGGCAAAGUGGGUAGCAUUCAAAUACCUAACACCAAAACAUACCAUGACCUCCAUCGGCCUUCUUCUAGGCCUAGCUGCAUCCUACAUGGGCACGAUGGACUCGCUGAUUACGCGUUUGCUUUCCGUCCACGCUACGAGGAUGUUACCGCGUGGUGCAGCGGAGCUCAACUUAUCACCUUUGACACAAACUUCGGGCAUAAUGGGUAUCGGGCUUCUUUACGCCAACAGCCAACAUCGGAGAAUGAGUGAAAUCAUGCUAUCUGAGAUUGAGCACAUUGAUGAAGAAGAUGAGGAAGAGCCCCUAAGAAGUGAGUGUUACCGACUGGCGGCCGGCUUCGCCCUUGGAUUCAUCAACCUAGGCAAAGGCAAUGAUCUCAAGGGCUUGCACGACAUGAAAGUAACAGAGAAACUGAUUUCUCAUGCCACUAUUACCAAAAACAUCGAGAUAGUUCAUAUCUUGGACCGCGCAGCAGCCGGAGCUGUCAUGGCCUUGGCCCUUAUUUACAUGAAGUCAGAAGAUCAGAUCGUGGCACGCAAGAUUGAUAUACCAGACUCGGUCUUGCAGUUCGACUAUAUCCGACCUGACAUUCUCCUCUUAAGAACUCUAACAAAGAACCUCAUCAUGUGGUCAAAGAUCGAGCCAACCUUUGCUUGGAUUCGUAAAAAUCUGCCACGCCCUUACCGCCCACAGUUCAAGCUACAAUCAACUACAAAGCUGCAGUCAACUGAUAUGGCGUUUCACAGCAUAGUUGCUGGUCUUUGCUUUUCGAUUGCGCUUCGCUUCUCUGGAAGUGCGUCCCCCAAAGUCCGAGAUCUUUUGUUGUAUUAUUUGGACCAGUUCAUGCGGAUCGCACAGAUACCAUCCACGGCGAGCAUGCAUCCAAAUGGUACGCCGCCUUACGAUGAAGAACUGACUCGAACCAACGCGCGAAUGUGUCAGGAUGUUGUGGCCAUAUCAGCAUCCAUUGUCAUGGCCGGAACAGGCGAUAUCCCCGUUCUUCGUCGGCUACGCGCUCUUCAUGGUCGUGACGACGCCGAAACUCCCUAUGGGUCUCACCUUGCUGCGCAUCUUGCAAUUGGAGCUUUAUUCUUGGGAUGCGGGACAGCGACCUUUGGUACCAGUAAUCUUGCAAUUGCUUCUCUACUCGUAUCGUUCUAUCCUAUUUUCCCCACGAAUGUUAUGGACAAUCGCUCCCAUCUGCAGGCUCUUCGCCAUUUUUGGGUGUUAGCUACAGAACAACGAUGUCUCGUUACCAAGGAUGUCCUAACUGGCCAACCGAUCUCUGCACCGGUUCAAAUCAAGAUGCGCAAGAACACAUCCACAGAACCCGUCUUGAAUCGAACAGCACCCUGCAUCCUGCCACCAAUUGAUCAGAUAGCCAGUCUCUCAACCGCUUGUGGACCUCAAUUCUGGGACGUGGAGCUCGAUUUCUCCAACCCAGAAGUUCGAGCUGCUUUUGAGGACACGCAGAGUCUCUAUCUCCGUAGGCGUCCACCACGUGAGGGAGCGUUCGCUUCCACCCUUCGCGCACUCGGUAGUGACGAGAAGGGUACAGAUCCCAUGGAGUGGGUGUUUGGCCUCGAUAGUCUUCGUGGUAUUAGUUACGCGGAGCGAGCGGUGGUGCUUGAGCGGGGAGAUGACACCCAGCACACGGGCAGUGCCGUCGAUGCAAGACUGGAGAUGGCCAAGGGUAUUGCUGAGGGCACAGAUAGAGAGCGGCUUGAAGGGGCGAGGUUACUGUUCGAAUGGGCUUCUGUGCGCGAUCGACUACGUGAGCCUAACAUGUUGGACAGCCAAGAAACCAUCACAGAAUCACACACACAUCACGAGAACGAAGGAUUGGACGAGCAAGAGACCACAGUGGAAGACGAGGGCGUUUGGUGGAUGCGAGACAGCGUGGUUGAGAGCCUCAAGGGCAUGGUGUGGCUUGCUAGUCGAGAGGGUGAGUAG